GCGGUGUGCGUGUGGGGGGCGAGUACCCUGGGGAUUGUUGCCGCUGUCUGUGCGUCAGAAACGCCGAGCAGCUGGUGGCGUCCUCGGCUCCGUCGCCGCCGCCGCCGCCGCCGCCGCCGCCAUGAGCUACACAGGCUUUGUCCAGGGAUCUGAAACCACUCUGCAGUCGACAUACUCUGACACCAGUGCCCAACCCACGUGUGAUUAUGGCUAUGGAACUUGGAACUCUGGGACAAACAGAGGCUACGAGAACUAUGGCUAUGGCUAUGGCUACGGCCAGGAUAGCGCCCCCAGCUACGGGUAUGGUAUGGCCGCUUCCAACUCUUGGGAACUGCCUAGCUCUGACACAAAUGCAAAUCCUAGUGCCUCGGGUAGCACCAGUGCAGAUUCCGUUUUAUCCAGAAUUAACCAGCGCUUAGAUAUGAUGCCACACCUGGAGACAGACAUGAUUCAAGGAGGUGUGUACGGCUCAGGUGGAGAAAGAUAUGACUCCUAUGAGGCCUGUGACUCAAGGGCCGUCCUGAGUGAGCGCGACCUCUACCGGUCGGGCUAUGACUACGGCGAGCUUGACCCUGAGAUGGAAAUGGCCUAUGAGGGCCAGUAUGAUGCCUAUCGUGACCAGUUCCGCAUGCGCGGCAGCGACACCUUUGGUCCAAGGGCUCAGGGCUGGGCCCGGGAUGCCCGCAGUGGCCGGCCAAUGGCCUCGGGCUAUGGGCGCAUGUGGGAAGACCCCAUGGGGGCCCGGGGCCAGUGCAUGCCUGGUGCCUCCCGGCUGCCCUCCCUCUUCUCCCAGAACAUCAUCCCCGAGUAUGGCAUGUUCCAGGGCAUGCGUGGCGGGGGUGCCUUCCCGGGUGGCUCCCGCUUUGGCUUUGGAUUUGGCAAUGGCAUGAAGCAGAUGAGACGGACCUGGAAGACCUGGACCACGGCCGACUUCCGGACCAAAAAGAAGAAGAGAAAGCAGGGUGGCAGUCCUGACGAGCCAGACAGCAAAGCCACCCGAACAGACUGCUCGGACAACAGUGAUUCAGACAAUGAUGAGGGCACCGAGGGUGAAGCUGCAGAGGGCAACGACGGUGCCGAGGCUCUGGAGAAAGGCUCUCGAGCAGAAGGAGAAGACGAGGAGGGGAAGGAGGAUGGGAGAGAAGAAGGCAAGGAAGAUUCAGAGAAGGGGGCCCUGACCACCCAGGACGAGAGCAGCCAGGCCAAGCGAAAGUUGCAAGCAAGCAAGAAGAGCCAAGACAAGCAGAAAAAGCGCCAGCGAGACCGCAUGGUGGAAAGGAUCCAGUUUGUGUGUUCUCUGUGCAAAUACCGGACCUUCUAUGAGGACGAGAUGGGCAGCCACCUUGACAGCAAGUUCCACAAGGAGCACUUCAAGUAUGUGGGCACCAAGCUCCCCAAACAGACCGCCGACUUCCUGCAGGAGUAUGUCACCAACAAGACCAAGAAGACAGAGGAGCUCCGAAAAACUGUCGAGGACCUUGAUGGUCUGAUCCAGCAGAUCUACAGAGACCAAGAUCUGACCCAGGAAAUUGCCAUGGAGCAUUUUGUGAAGAAGGUGGAGGCGGCCCACUGUGCAGCCUGUGACCUCUUCAUCCCCAUGCAGUUUGGAAUCAUCCAGAAGCAUCUCAAGACUAUGGAUCACAACCGGAACCGCAGGCUCAUGAUGGAGCAGUCCAAGAAGUCGUCGCUCAUGGUGGCCCGCAGCAUCCUCAACAACAAGCUCAUCAGCAAGAAGCUAGAGCGCUAUCUUAAGGGCGAGAACCCCUUCACUGACAGCCCCGAGGAGGAGAAGGAACAGGACGAGGUGGAGGGUGGCACCCCUGACGAAGGGGCACCGAGCGAAGCGCCGGAGGGAGCCGAGGGCGUGCAGGCACAGCCCCCGGUGCCGCCGGAGCCAGCCCCGGGCAGCGCGUCCCCGCCGCCACCACCGCCCCCCGAGGAGGAGGAGGAGGGCGCGCUUCCCCUGCUGGGCGGGGCGCUGCAGUGCAAAAUCCGCGGCAUCCCGGGCCUGGACGUGGAGGACGACGAGGAGGGCGGUGGGGGUGCCCCGUAACCCGUACCCGGGCCUGCAUGACUCGCGUGGCCGAGGGUGGAGGUGGAGUCGAAUAAAAUUCCUUCUCACCCUA